CCAAUCUGUUCAAGUGGUGGUAGACAGAGAGAGUGCGAGAGAAACAGAAUCCACUUCAUACAGUUGUAGUUGGGAAUAUUUUACGGCUCAAGAAAAGCACGACGUAACAACAAUUUAUUUUAAAAAAUGGACCAGAAAGACACCGAAAUGAAUGAAAAGGGACUAGCUUCCUCUACUAGUGGAGUUGUGAUCCAAGUAAGGGAAAAGAAGGGACCCCUGAGAGCCGCUAUACCCUAUAUGCCUUUCCCUGUAGCUGUCAUCUGCUUGUUUCUCAAUACCUUUGUACCAGGGCUGGGUACCUUUGUUUCAGCCUUCACAGUCUUGUGUGGGGCUCGGACUGAUUUGCCCAACAGGCACAUGUGUUGUGUAUUCUGGUUGAACAUCGCUGCUGCAUUUAUUCAGAUCCUCACUGCUGUCGUUAUGGUGGGAUGGAUCAUGAGUAUAUUCUGGGGCAUGGACAUGGUCAUACUGGCUAGUAAGUACAACUUUUUAAAUCUUGGAACUAUUGGCUUUCAUUUUAUAAACCAGAUGUCUGGUAUUUCUUGUCUCCAUUAA